GUACCUCUUAUUCUGGCUAUGAAGCUGCAGUGUAUUCAGCUGCGUCGUCUUAUUACCAGCAGCAGCAGCAGCAACAGCAACAGGCAUGCCAGGCAGUGGUGGCAGCAGCUGCUGCAGCUGCUGCAACAGCUGCUUGGACAGGAACCACCUUUACUAAAAAGGCACCAUUCCAAAAUAAGCAAGUGAAACCAAAGCAACCUCCCAAACUGCCCCAGAUCCACUACUGUGAUGUUUGUAAGAUCAGCUGUGCUGGACCACAGACUUAUAAAGAACACUUAGAAGGCCAGAAACACAAAAAGAAAGAAGCAACAUUAAAAGCUUCCCAGAACACAAAUAACAGCAGCACUUCUACUCGUGGAACUCAGAAUCAGUUGCGCUGUGAGCUUUGUGAUGUGUCUUGUACAGGAGCAGAUGCUUAUGCUGCCCAUAUCCGUGGAGCCAAGCAUCAGAAAGUAGUAAAGUUGCACACAAAACUUGGCAAGCCCAUUCCUUCAACUGAACCAAAUGUGGUUACCCAAGCUACUUCCUCAUCAUCCACAUCUGCUUCCAAGCUAACUGCCUCUGUUUCAAAUAUAGCAACUAGCAGCAGUACUGCUGCAUCCUCUGCAGUGAAAAUUCUUACUCCCACAGCAAAUACACCACUUAAUACAGUGUCCAACAAAACAUCUUCAACCGCUGCUAAUAUAGCUGUAAAGAAAAUAUCUGCACCAAAAAUAAACUUUGUUGGUGGUAAUAAGCUUCAGACAACAGGAUGUAAGCUGGAAGAAAUGAAAUCAAAUGAAAGCGUUAAAACAACGACUGCUGCUACAGUACAAACACAGGAAGUAAAAACAGACACAGCAGCUGAACCAGUGACUCCUACGACUCUUGCUGCUUUGCAAAGUGAUGUACAGCCAGUGGGCCAUGACUAUGUGGAGGAGGUAAGAAAUGAUGAAGGAAAGGUGAUCCGGUUUCACUGUAAACUUUGUGAAUGCAGUUUUAAUGAUCCUAAUGCCAAGGAGAUGCACUUAAAAGGGAGGCGGCACAGGCUUCAGUAUAAGGGAGCAUCUGGGAUUAGUCUGGAUAAUGCGGAUUGCCGGAAGUUUGUGACUCUGAGUUCAGACCCUUUGGUGCAGGAUGCGUUUAGAACCAAUAAUGCCAGUACUAAUCUGUUGACCUUAGCCGCUGUUGGGUGCAAGGCGAAAUACCCCCUAGACACUGCCUGGCCAGGUUCUGACCGGCCAUGGUAUGCUCUACGGGAUGGAAUACAGCGACUGAAGGAAGAAGGGAUGAAGCUGGCUAUUCAUAUAGACCAUGCUGAUAUCCUCAUGCAACUUUGGGUGUCUGUACCCAUGAGAAAUGCCAUUAUUAGAACUGCCCCACCGGGUUGUAAGAACGGCCUGGUGACCCUCUUAUUUGGUGAGAUGGGGAAUCCCAUUAGAGACGUCAUUGAAAAAAUGCAUCAAUUGGGUGAUCUGGGAGAAUGGGGUUCCCAGGAGUAUCAUGGCUAUCAGGAAUUCCGGUGCCAACAGGGCACCUGGGAGCGUAACCCAUGA